ACGGGUGGCACUCUCAUCUUCAUCGCGGCUGUAGCCAUCGGAGCUCGUUUGUAUCUCCGCCUUGGGAUCCAAAAGCGACGCCUAUUGAGCAGCGACAUUCUCAUGUCCCUGGCGUGGGUUGCCUCUGUCGUCACUGAAGCAUUUACCAUCAAAUUGGCCCAGUCAAACGCCCUGGAUCCAAAGGUCAAGUCGACAUUUGAGGGCUUCGAGGGGAGCUCUGAGGAGCUUGCCUUUGUCCUCAAGAUGUUCUGGGUUUGCAGCAUCCCAUUCUUUACGGCUCUUUACCUCUGCAAGGGUGCGCUACUUGCCGUGUAUCUGCAAGUUUUCCCCAAGUCGAUGCGGAAACGGCGGACUUUCCUAUGGGGAACUGUGGGCUUUGUCGUCAUCUCGUACAUCACCAGUAUCUUAAUGGUCCUUUGCGUUUGCCUACCGAUUAAAUCAAAUUGGUCUCUGGACUCGAAAACAGCAUGCCCGCCAAAAUCUGUUGGAUUGGUCUUUCAGGUUGGCUGGGCCUUGCACUUCUCGGGAGAUCUUCUAGUUUUUGCCAUCCCCUGGCUCAUCGUACCUGGACUCCAGAUGAAGACGAUGAUGAAAACCGGAGUAUACUGCACGUUCCUGUUGGGUUUAGUGAACAUCACGUUCUGCCUCGUCCGUUUUGUCACCAUCCAAACCUCGUUGGUAAAUGAUGCAGUCCCUGUCAGUCUGAUUUCCCUAUGGAGCACCCUUGAUUGCAAUAUUGGCCUUGUAAUUGCCUGCUUGCCAUCUCUACGACCAUAUCUC